AUGGCACCUAGCUUCGAGAACCUGUCGGAGCAAGAUCUCCACGAAGAGGAGGAGGAGGAGAUUGACUUCUCCGACCUCAAGGCGCAAUAUGAAGUUAAACUCGAGGAAGGCCUGGACACAUUUGUCGUUAUUGAUGGACUACCCGUCGUCCCGGAGGACAACAGACAGAAGCUCGUCAAGUUCUUGUUGAGGAAACUCAACGCGGUCGGCCACACCUCCGAAGAUGCCGUCUUUAUGCCCGUCAACGAGAAGAACAUGACUGAAGGUUUUGCCUUCGUCGAAUACGAGACCCCCGAGCAAGCCGUCGCCGCCGUGAAGCAACUGCACGGAACGCCCCUUGAUAAAAAGCACACCCUCCUCGUCAACAAGCUGAUGGAUAUUGAACGCUAUGGCCGAGAAGGACGCAUCGACGAGGAAUACAAGCCCCCGACUAUCGAACCAUUCGCAGAGAAAGAGCACUUGCGCUCGUGGAUCGGGGACGCCAACGCCCGUGACCAGUUCGCCCUUUACCGCGGCGACAAGGUUGGAGUUUUCUGGAACAACAAGAGCAACCCACCGGAGAACGUAGUGGACCGUGCUCACUGGACGCAGCUUUUCGUCCAGUGGUCCCCCAAGGGUACAUAUCUCGCAUCCGUUCAUCCCCAGGGUGUGCAACUGUGGGGUGGUCCUACUUUCUCCAAGCAAAAGCAAUUCCCUCAUCCCUUUGUUUCUCUCAUUGAGUUCUCGCCUGGCGAGAGCUACCUGACUACCUGGUCUGCCCGCCCUAUCCAAGUGGAGGAGGGCCACCCCGUCCUGACCUACGAGGAGGACGGAAAGAACAUUAUUGUCUGGGACAUUGUGACAGGCAAGCCCCUCCGUUCAUUCGUUUCACAUGACCUGGCAGGCCCCGAAAGCGAUGCUCAGCCCAAGAAGAAGGUUCAGUGGCCAGCUUUCAAGUGGUCUGCUGAUGAGAAGUACGUUGCGAGAAUGCUCCAAGGCCAGUCGAUCUCUAUCUACGAACUCCCCCGUAUGAACCUUCUCGGCAAGACGUCUGUCAAGAUCGAUGGAGUCAUGGAUUUCGAGUGGUCGCCAGCGACGGUCAACCGUGACGGUGUUAAGCAGUACGAACAACUCCUCUGCUUCUGGACUCCCGAGAUUGGCAGCAACCCUGCCCGAGUCGCCCUUAUGAGCGUUCCCUCCAAGGAGAUCGUCCGAACCCGUAACCUUUUCAACGUCUCCGAUGUGAAGCUGCACUGGCAGAGCCAGGGUAACUUCGUCUGUGUCAAGGUGGAUCGUCACUCCAAGUCUAAGAAGUCCAUGGCCACCAACCUCGAAAUUUUCCGAGUACGAGAGAAGGGUGUUCCCGUCGAAGUUGUAGACAGUCUCAAGGACACUGUGAUCAACUUCUCAUGGGAGCCCAACGGAGCCCGUUUCGUUCUCAUCACAACUGGUGACGCGUCUGGCGGUGGUGCUGCUCCCAAGACCGCCGUCUCUUUCUUCGCUCCGGAGAAGAAGGGUGUGCAAGCCGGUAACUUCAAGCUUGUUCGCACUGUCGAGAAGAAGAACAGCAACGCUAUUUACUGGUCUCCUAAGGGUCGUUUCGUCGUCGUUGCGACAGUCCACUCCCAGUCAAGCUUUGACCUUGACUUCUGGGAUAUGGACUUCGAGGGCGAGAAGAACGAGAACGAGAAGGAUCUGGCAGCCAACCUGCAGUUGAUGAAGACCGUCGACCACUACGGUGUCACAGAUAUUGAAUGGGACCCCACGGGUCGUUACGUUGUCAGUGGUGCUAGCGCAUGGACGCACCAGAUGGAAAACGGCUUCAACCUUCACACCUUCGCCGGAGAGACGCUCGCCGAAAACCCUACGGAUAAGUUCAAGCAGUUCCUGUGGCGCCCUCGUCCCCCCACUCUCCUCAGCAAGGAGGAGCAAAAGCAAGUACGAAAGAACCUCCGCGAAUACUCCAAGGAAUUCGAGGAGGAAGACAAGUACGCCGUCGACAUUGCCAACACUGCCGUCGUCGAGAAGCGCAAGCGUGUUCUCAACGAGUGGGUUGCCUGGCUCCGCCGGGAGAAGGAGUUGCUUGCCGAGGAGAAGGAGGCCUACGGCCUGUCCGAGGAGGUCGACUCGCCCAAGCUUGCCAAGGAUGCGCCCAGCGACACAGAGGACAAGGGCGAGACGGUCGUCGAAGAGAUCGUGGAAGAGAUUGUGGAGGAGAGCGAAGAGAUCAUUGGUUGA